AGGUGCAUGCUACGCUGAGUUUGGUGUACGCGUUCCCAACACUACCGGAUCGGCUUACACUUACUCCUACGUCACCGUUGGAGAGUUUAUAGCUUUCGUCAUCGGCUGGAACAUGGUGCUAGAAUAUUUGAUCGGUACGAGUGCAUGCGCCCGCGCACUUAGCGCGUGCUUCGACUCUCUGUGUGACGGCGCCAUUGUCCGUCAUCUCUCUUCUGCCGUUGGGACUAUGUAUGGUAAACCACCUGACUUCCUGGCUUUUGGAAUCACUCUCCUAAUGAUGCUGGUCCUGGUCGCUGGAGUGAAGAAGUCCCUGUUCUUCAACAACGUGCUAAAUGCUAUCAACCUCAGCAUCUGGGUGUUCAUCAUGACUGCCGGCCUUUUUUACGUGGACAUCACCAACUGGACCGAGCAUAAGGGAUUUUUGCCCUAUGGAUGGAGCGGAUGUAUAUUCACGCGCUGGUUAAUUGCAUUGUCUACCUCCAACUCACCAAGGCCAGAGAACGCCGUCGUACUCGACGGCGUUCUCUGGCUACGAACUGAAGGCUCCAAAGCAUGUUACCUCGGGAACAUUGCUGGCGUACACACUUGUGUCGACAUGUGUGCUGGUGCUGCGCUACCAGCCGCAUUCCACCAACUUGAUCGAGCUACUUCCACAGAGCUUGCGCACACCCGUGGAACCUGA